CGUUGAUAUAAAGGAGAGAGCCCCGUACUCUGGGGGCCCAGUACCGUUCAAAGAUGCAGACUGCCGGGAUGCUGCGUGGUACCAGGGCCAUCUACUUUCUCGUACUACUCGCGCCUCUCGUUGAUCAUGCUCAUUCCUAUCCUUAUCAAAUGUUGCCCAGUAUGCCCGGUUAUAUACCUGUAUACAUAAGAAAUGGAGAUCAACCAUUGGAGGAAAUAAAUCCUGCCCUGGCUGAAGCAUUCCACGAACACUCGGGCUUAUCCAAGAGUAUUCGAUUGGAUCGCAACUAUGGUCAGCUCGAAUCCACUAAAGAGAGCAGAACCAAUUUGGUGGUGGACGAAUCGAGAAAAAUAUAUUACCCUGCCCACGCUAGAGAAUCCGGAAAUUCAAUAGCCGGCAAUGAAAGGCGCGAUGAGGAAGAAACACACGUUGGAAAAAGUCCUGAGCUUGUUCAAGUACCAAAACUCAUUUCCCUUUACGAAUUGCACGAAAAGUUGAAAAAGACACAGGAGGAGGAUCCAUUGAAAGCUGGUUUCGUUUUAAGGGAGUCUCUGACCAAAGUCAGUCCGAUCUUAUCGAUGGAGAAAAAAGAAGAUUCACAGAAAUUGUCGCAAGAGAUCGAGAAAGAGGAAACGAAACCAAACGAUUUGUAUGAUCCUAAUCCAAAUUAUCCUGAACUACCUGCUGAGAUCGGGCACAAUCGUGAUACUCCGCAGGACUUCGUGUCUGUGAUAGGACUAGAAGCACUGACCGAGCAACCGAACGUUCGCCAAUACAAGGAUCUCUCGCAUCUUACGGACGAGAAAAACGCGGUCGACGAUAAAAACAAGAAGGAGGAGGAACCGGUUAAGGAGCAACGUCCUUCGGAUAUUUUGUCGAACGUGCAGAAACUUUCGCCGAUCGCGCCACCGGAAGCUUAUGCGAGCCAAAAGUCUAACGAGAAAGCAGAAAGAAAAACUGAGAGUAUAACAGAAACAACAUCCACGCAAGAGCCUACUUCUCUUCUCUAUAAAGAUUUAUCUCAUCUCUCUAAUAAUCAAAAGGUGAUCGAAUCCUCCGAUAAGAAGGAAGAGGAAACUUCAUCGGACGCCGACAAGGAUAUAGUAAUAAAGGUAACAGCGAAAGAAGAGAAUCCAACAAAUGUUUUUAAACUUUCGCCAAUCGCUCCACCAGAAGCAUAUGAAUCAGAAGAGAAACUAACGAAGGACAAAAUUGAAGAGAAACCAAUCAAUACGUCGCUUCUCCAUCUACCGAUUCAACAGCCGGUGGUCCAUCUUUACAAAGAUCUUUCUCAUCUUUCAGACGAUCAAGGAAAAGCGACUACCGAAAAAGAGAAUGAGGAAAUACCGAUAAAGGUGGUGUCUCCUUUGAAAGUUCCAACUAACGUUUUCAAACUUUCACCUAUUGCACCACCAGAAGAAUAUUCGAAGAAAGAAGAUCAAGAAGGUGUUCCUAGCUCAAUACUCAUGCGAGAAAUCGUUCAGGACGAUAAGAAAACAUCUCACUGAACGUAACGACGACGUAUCGACGUAAUCUCAAAGGAAAGAGAUUAUUAUAAUACUUUCGUCUGAUUGACUGAGAAUUCCUUUAUCGAUCAUAUUUGAUAUCUCGACGAUCGAUUAGAGAUUCUCUCGUUUUAAAAUGUAGGAUGACAUUUACGUAAAAGGAAAAUUGGAUCUUUUUUUCUAAGAAAGAGAGGAUACAUACGUAAUGUUGAUCCUUUAUGAUAUACCUAUUUCGCUCGAUUAACGUUGUUCCGACUUUUUUUCAAGCUUAUAGAAAGCACGAAGAAAUAUUGUAAAUGUUUUGGAAGAUUAAUCUUCGAUCUCUCUUCGUCGGUAACGUUGGUUUGAGCGGAUGAAUAGAGAGAAUUUCGAAACUUGAUUUAUAAUAAAACUUUUGAAGACUUUAA